CGUCUGAGUGACUGAAAAGAAAUUAGAGAGCAAGAUGAGGAAGGAAAAAGAUACGUAAAUGCUGAAGGAUGGAUGAGGAAGGAGACGUGAGCAGGAAGGCAGAAAACCAGCUGCUCUCUCUUCAGGCCUCCCCUUGGGAGGAACAAUCGCAGGAUCAGUGUAAGAAAGAAUCAGGGGGGUGGUGGGUAAUAAAGUGCUGAGAGGCUCUUCUUUAUCUGCCACUCAGCCAAGAGCUUCGGCUCUUCACACUCCAUUCUCCUGAUUCUUAGAGUAGUCUAAACUCUGACAUACCAAUCCUCCAUUCUCCUUCACUGCUUGUGACCUGAAAACUGGCCUGGAGUGGUGUCAGGAGGCCUUUGAGUGAGAGCUCAUGCAGUCUGACUGUCUCACCUUCUAAAAACUCCAUUUUUAAAAACAUGUUGGAUUCAGCUUCUCUCUCUUUAGACAGCUUGGAGCAUGUUUCUAUAGUUCCCCACAGUGAGUGGGCUACAGUGAUUGACGUUCUCCUUUCUUCUACAGCUGAGAACAUCCACGUGUGACUAUUGCUCCAUAAGACUAAUGGAGCCUUUAAAAUACAGACUGAAACGCAACAAGUCAGAAACAUUCUGAUUAAGAUCAGUUCUUGGGAUGUUUUUUUUAUGUAUUUAUUUUCACUUUUCAUUUUGGAGCUGGCAGCCUGCCAAAUCUGAGAGAGAAAGAGGAAAAUCUGUUGAGGAAAUCCUUUAAUUGCUUGCCUUUGGAAAGAUGCUUUCAUCUGAAAGUCUUGUCGUCCUUAUAAUACUUGUAAUUAACAGUGUCUCUCAAGCAACCUACUGAUAACCUUUGCUAUGUCCAUAGGUCCUGCAAUGCCAGAGCCCUACUGCAGAAUCUUAAGAUUCAGUAUAAGAACCUUAAAUGGGACUCCAAAGGCUCUUUGAGAAGGGGCAAGGCAUGCAAUCAUGGUCAUGCCACAGCACAUGCACCUCCUUCCUAAAACCCUGGUGGUGCACAGCCUUGAAGUUACUGAAGAAACAUCACUGACAUUGUUCUCCUUUUAGGAAUUGUCAUCUUGCUAUGAAAAACAACAUCCUGUGAGUUUUUUUCAAGCUUUCUGCCCCAUCAUCUGCUUCAGAUAAGCUGUGCUCUUAGCAAUUGUGGGGAGACAUGACCUUCCGCAGCUGGAAGUGGCUCCUCGUCUUGGGCAGGCAGGACACCUUUGCCAAGGCUUGGAGGAGCAGGAGGCGAGGAGGCCCUUCUCUGUGCUGGAAGCGCUGCAGCCAUUGGAGUGCCGGCAAGUCUCUGGACCCCGAGGUUAGAGCGUUUUUGGAGGAGAACACCGAGGUCACCAGCAGUGGGCACCUCACACCAGAAAUACGUCUGCGCCUCCUCACACCUCGCUGCAGGUUCUGGAAGGAAAAACCUGACCUGUGGCCUUAUGGGGACCCGUUCUGGGCAAUUUACUGGCCAGGAGGCCAAGCCCUCUCCAGGUAUAUUUUAGAUAAUCCACGUGUUGUUAAAGGACGGUCGGUUUUGGAUCUUGGAAGUGGAUGUGGAGCAACAGCAAUAGCUGCUGUGAUGAGUGGUGCAUCGCAAGUCCUUGCUAAUGACAUUGACCCUAUUGCAGGAAUAGCAAUGAUCUUGAACUGUGAACUGAACCACUUGAAUCCCUUCCCCAUCACCAUUAAGAACAUCAUUAACUCAGAGGCUGGCAAUUGGGACCUCAUUGUUCUAGGAGAUAUGUUUUACGAUGAACAGCUUGCUGAUGGUCUACAUCACUGGCUGAGGAAAUGCAUCAGGAUACAGCAAACUGAAGUGCUGAUUGGUGACCCUGGCAGGCAUCAGUUUUUAAGCCACCGUAUUCACAGUCAGUUGCACAAAGUCAUAGAAUAUUCACUUCCCGAGUAUACUAGACAAGAGAACAAUGGAUUAACAUCAAGUAUCGUUUGGAGCUAUCAGCCCUCAGAUAGCUUGGAAAGCUGCUGAAGCUGGCUUUCUAAUGAAUUCUGUCUCACGUGGUUGGCUUUUUUAUUUUUGUGUGUAGAUUGAAAAUGGGAAUUAAACAUGAAACACAAGUGUUGAUGCAAGGUAGAUUACUGUACCUUCUCUGUACUGAUUUUGGUCGUACUCACUGAGGCUUUUGCUCCAUCUGAGGUAAAAACUACAUGCAAACUGUAUUCAAAGGGGCCUGCUCUGAAGUAUAAAUCCAAAGACAAGUAACAUGAAAGAGUUUGCAUGCUUGAUGUUUUCCAUAUAUAUUCAUGUUUUGCUAUUUGACACUAUUGUGAAAUGCAUUGGACGUCCAGCAUAUUGCUGUGGGGGAAAAGGUGGUGGCUGAAGUACUACUGCACUGCUUUCAAAGACUGCUGCAGCUUAAUUAAAAUGAAAAUUAUUGCUGUCCUUCAUAAAAUUCUCCACUAAAGUAUUAGCUCAUACUGUGCUCAAAGUGCCUUGCUCUUUUUUGAGGUAUCUCUUCUGAAUGUCAGAGUAACUUAUUGACUGUUUCGCCCCCUCCCCUCUAUAAUAAAACGUUUUCUCUUCAUUUAA